AUGAAAUGGCUGGAUGGCAUUAAUGUGGAAAAAGUAACUAAAAGGAGUAUGUUAUCUACAGUACAUAAAGUAUUUGAUCCUUUUGGAUUCACUGCACCAGUGAUGCUCUGUCCAAAAAUAAUGCUACAAAAGGCAUGGACAUUAGGUACAAGUUGGGAUGAAGAAGUAACUGGUGAGCUUCGUAAAGAAUUUCUACAGUGGUUUCAAGAACUUAAGCAUUUGUCUGACAUACAGAUUCCUAGGUGUGUUCAAGCAUCUUCAAAAGAUAUAAGCAACUGCACUAUUCAUACGUUUGUUGAUGGAAGCAAAGAUGCAUAUGCUGCUGUUACAUUCCUUAGAAUAGAAAAUAAUGGUCGAAUCGAGCUAUUUCUACUUGCAGCGAAAUCUCGAGUGGCUCCUUUAAGAGGCACAACUAUCCCAAGAAUGGAACUUCUUGCGGCGGUGAUUGGAGCGAGGCUAGCGAAUUCAGUUGUUGAAGCUCUUGGUUGGAAAAAUGUUACGAUAUAUUACUGGAGUGAUUCUACAACAGUGCUUGCAUGGAUAUUACGAGAAGAAAAUUGGUCUGUCUUCGUUAGGAACAGAGUCCAAGAGAUAAGGAAGUUGAGUAAUCCUACAUCAUGGAGACACAUACCUGGUGAUAAGAAUCCGGCAGAUUUACCUUCCAGGGGCUGCAAGGCAAAACAUCUAGUCUCCCUAAGAUGGUGGGAGGGUCCACAAUGGAUGAAAAAUGCUUUUGAAUUUCAAAACAUUAUGGGUUCCACCAACCAUGAUUGGAAUGAAGAAGAGAUUAGAAAGGAAAAGUCUAAGACGACUUUUAUAUUAUCAAAUAAUGAAGCCUGUGGUGUUGCAAACUGGUACUACAGAUAUUUUUCGAACUAUGAUAGAAUAGUUCGUCUUGUUGCAUGGAUCCUCCGCUUCAUGAACAACUGCAAAAAUAUAACUGAGAAGAAACAUGGUGAAUUAACCGCUACAGAAUUUCAGGAAGCAGAAAUGAAGCAUGAAGUGGUAAAGCGGUUAAUCUAUAAUGCUCACGUUAAGAACUGUCAUGCUGGAGUCCAGAUACUAUUGAAUGCACUUAGAGAAAAGUACUGGAUCCUAAAUGGAAGAAAAGCGGUGAAACAUGUGGUGGCCAAUUGCAUUACGUGUAAAAGAUAUAGCUCAAAGAACAUAGAAGUUAUAAGUCCCCACCCCCUUCCAGAAAAUAGAGUAAAGGAUGCUGCGGUGUUUCAAAUAACUGGCGUUGAUAUGGCUGGACCUUUAUUCCUUAAAGACAAGAAGAGCUGGGUUCUAAUUUUUACUUGUGCAGUGUACAGAGCAGUUCAUUUCGAGCUUGUUACUGCUGCAUCGACUGAUGUUUUUUUAAUGGCCUUUAGGGGAUUUGUUUCUCGCAGGGAAGAUGCACAACAAUAUACUGCGAUAAUGGCUCCAAUUUUGUUGGAGCAGCCAACUAUUUAA